AUGGAAGAAAAUGAAAGCCAGAAAUGUGAGCCGUGCCUUCCUUACUCAGCAGACAGCAGGCAGAAGCAGGAACAAGGAAAAAGCAAUCUACAAGUCACGUCAUUAGAAGAUGCAGAAUGUCGCAGAACCAAGGAACGCCUUUCUAAUGGGAACAGUCGCGUUUCAGUUUCCAAGUCUUCCCGCAAUAUCCCAAGGAGACACACUCUAGGUGGACCCCGCAGUUCCAGAGAAAUACUAGGAAUGCAAACAUCUGAGAUGGACAGGAAGAGAGAAGCUUUCCUGGAACAUCUGAAGCAAAAGUACCCCCAUCAUGCCACUGCGAUCAUGGGCCACCAAGAGAGGCUGAGAGACCAGACAAGAAGCCCCAAACUGUCUCACAGUCCUCAACCUCCCAAUCUGGGCGACCCUGUCGAGCAUUUAUCAGAGACGUCUGGUGAUUCUUUGGAAGCCAUGUCUGAGGGAGAAGUUCCAAGUCCUUUUUCCAGAGGCAGCCGAACUCGAGCGAGUCUCCCGGUGGUGAGGUCAACCAACCAGACGAAAGAGAGAUCUCUGGGGGUUCUCUAUCUCCAGUAUGGGGACGAAACCAAGCAGCUCAGGAUGCCGAAUGAAAUCACAAGUGCAGACACAAUCCGUGCUCUCUUCGUAAGUGCCUUUCCACAGCAGCUCACCAUGAAGAUGCUAGAGUCGCCCAGUGUUGCCAUUUACAUCAAAGACGAAAGCAGAAAUGUCUAUUAUGAACUAAACGAUGUAAGGAACAUUCAGGACCGAUCGCUCCUCAAAGUGUACAAUAAGGACCCUGCGCACGCAUUCAAUCACACACCGAAAACUGUGAAUGGAGACAUGAGGAUGCAGAGAGAAAUUGUUUAUGCAAGAGGAGAUGGCCCUGGUGCCUCUCGGCCUGGAUCCACAGCUCAUCCACCCCAUGCCAUUCCAAGUUCUCCACCAUCCACUCCUGUGCCCCAUUCCAUGCCUCCUUCCCCAUCCAGAAUUCCUUACGGGGGCACCCGCCCGAUGGUUGUUCCUGGCAACGCCACCAUCCCCAGAGACAGACUCUCCAGCCUGCCAGUCUCCAGAUCCAUCUCACCCAGCCCAAGCGCCAUUUUGGAAAGAAGAGAUGUGAAGCCGGACGAAGACAUGAGUGGCAAGAACAUUGCCAUGUACCGAAACGAGGGCUUCUAUACUGAUCCCUACCUUUAUCACGAGGGACGGAUGAGCAUAGCCUCUUCCCACGGGGGGCACCCGCUGGAUGUCCCUGAUCACAUCAUUGCAUAUCACCGCACGGCAAUUCGCUCGGCGAGUGCAUACUGCAACCCUUCCUUGCAAGCAGAAAUGCAUAUGGAGCAGUCACUGUACAGACAGAAAUCAAGGAAAUACCCAGAUAGCCACUUGCCUACUCUGGGCGCCAAAACACCUCCCGCCUCUCCCCACCGAGUUGGUGACCUGAGAAUGGUAGAUAUGCAUGCCCACCAUAACGCCCACGGGCCCCCUCACACCCUGCAGCCAGAUCGGGCCUCUCCAAGCCGCCAGGCCUUCAAAAAGGAGCCCGGCACCUUGGUGUAUAUUGAAAAACCACGGACCGCUCCAGGAUUAUCCAGCAUUGUGGACUUCGGCCCACCUCUAGUUGAGAAGCAAGUGUUUGCUUACAGCACUGCUACAAUACCCAAAGAUAGAGAGACCAGAGAGAGGAUGCAAGCCAUGGAGAAACAGAUUGCCAGUUUAACUGGUCUUGUUCAGUCUGCGCUUUUUAAAGGGCCCAUUACGAGUAAUAGCAAAGAUGCGUCUAGCGAGAAAAUGAUGAAAUCCACAGCCAAUAAGAGCCACACAGAUGGUGCAGGAACACUCCAUGUUUCUGGGGGAAAGACUGUCAGCGCACUGGAGUCCUCAGGGCCAGCCAGCCAGCCCCUGCCUGCCGGCACCUCGGCCAUGCACAUGAGCCUGCUUGACAUGAGGCGGAGUGUGGCCGAACUCAAGCUCCAGCUCCAACAGAUACGACAGCUUCAGCUGCAGAACCAGGAGCUGCUGAGGGCAAUGAUGAAGAAGGCCGAGCUGGAAAUCAGCGGCAAAGUGAUCGAAACCAUGAAGAGGCUGGAGGACCCUGUGCAGCGACAGCGCGUCCUCGUGGAACAAGAGAGACAGAAAUACCUGCACGAAGAGGAGAAGAUCGUCAAAAAGCUGUGUGAGCUGGAAGACUUCGUUGAAGACUUGAAGAAGGACUCUACGUCGGCUGCCCGAGUGGUCACUCUAAAAGAUGUGGAAGAUGGGGCUUUCCUCCUGCGGCAAGUGGGAGAAGCAGUAGCCACCCUGAAAGGAGAAUUCCCCACCUUACAAAACAAGAUGCGAGCCAUCUUGCGCAUAGAAGUCGAGGCCGUGCGGUUUCUGAAGGAGGAGCCCCACAGGCUGGACAGCCUCCUGCAGAGAGUACGGAGCAUGACCGACACCCUGACCAUGUUGCGGAGACACGUCACCGAUGGGCUCUUGAAAGGUACAGAUGCAGCCCAGGCCGCACAGUACGUCGCUAUGGAAAAGGCCACGGCCGCGGAAGUCCUGAAGAGCCAGGAGGAGGCACCCCACACCUCAGGCCAGCCCCUCCACGGCGCAGGAGUCCCCGGCGACGUGAAGUCAGAAGUGGUGCCCUUGACCGUUCACCAUGCGCAGAGCUCCCCUGUGGUCAUCCAGCCCUCCCAGCUCUCCGCCGCCCUGCUCAACCCCGCCCAGCACUUGCCGGGGGGCUCGGGUCCCCACCCCACCAGCCCUUCGGCCACCACACAGGAAGUGACCUCAGCUCUGCAGUCGGCACAGGCUCCUCAGUCCCCACAGAUGCCCAUGAACGGCUCUGCCAUGCAGAGCUUGCUCAUUGAGGAAAUCCACAGCGCGAGCGCCAAGAACAGGGCAGUGUCCAUUGAGAAAGCAGAGAGGAAAUGGGAAGAGAAAAGGCAAAAUCUGGACCACUAUAACGGGAAAGAGUUUGAGAAGCUACUAGAAGAAGCUCAGGCCAACAUCAUGAGGUCAAUUCCAAACCUGGAGAUGCCACCAGCCUUGGGCCCACAACCAAAGGGCGAUGCUCCGGUAGACAAGCUAGAACUUUCAGAAGACUCUCCGAAUUCCGAACAAGACUUGGACAAGCUGGGGGGUAAGUCCCCACCUCCUCCUCCCCCACCCCCUCGGCGGAGCUACCUGCCAGGAUCAGGGCUCACCACCACGAGGUCCGGCGAUGUGGUCUACACCAGCAGGAAGGAGAACAUCACCGCUAAGGCAAGCAGUGAAGAUGCUGGACCAAGCCCCCAGGCUAGAGCCACUAAGUGUCCGACCGAGGAGCUGGCUUCCACCUGGACCCCAUCCCCACCGCCAGUCGCUACCUCGUCCUCAAAGGACGAGGAGGAAGAAGAAGAAGGAGACAAAAUAAUGGCGGAACUCCAGGCAUUCCAGAAGUGUUCCUUUAUGGAUGUAAAUUCAAACAGUCACGCUGAGCAGUCCCGGGCUGACAGUCACGUUAAAGACACUAGGCCGGGGGCCACAGUCCCACCCAAGGAGAAGAAGAAUUUGGAAUUUUUCCAUGAAGACGUUCGGAAAUCUGAUGUCGAAUAUGAAAACGGCCCCCAAAUGGAAUCCCGAAAGGUUCCCACAGGGGCUCUCACACCCCUUGACCAUCCUAAAUGGGAAAUAGCAAUGGAGAAUAGUGUUUCUGAUGCAUCAAGAACAUCAGAGUAUAAAACAGACAUCCUAAAGAAGGAAAAUUCCAUAUCCGGCAAACGUUUAUUUAAAGACAGUAGAAACUAUACCCAGAAAAAUGUGUCUAAGGUCAAUCCCAGUUACUCUGGCCUUUGUUCAUUAGAUGAAAUAAACAAAGGACCUAAGAGCUCAGGACCGCAGUACCCUGUGCCUGACGCUGAGAAUCAGAAGAUGAAUUAUGGAAAGACGAAGGAGAUGAGACUAGAAAGACAGGAAAACGCAGAUAGGUGUGACCUUCCCUCUCCCGCUAGGUCAACUGAAUUGAGCACGUGUGAUGUCAGAACUCAAGAUCAAGAGGUUCACAUGACAGAGUUCAGCCAGGUUGCUCUAAGACCCAAGGGGGCACGGCAUGCUAGCGUGAACUCCAGCGAGGACGGAGAAUCGACACCAAGUUCUCCCACUGAAGAAAAUGCGACCACCGACAACAUCGCCUUCAUGAUCACCAAAACUGCCGUCCAGGUGCUCUCCAGUGGGGAGGUCCGCGACAUAGUGAGCCAAAAGGGGGAAGAUGUACAGACGGUUAACAUUGAUGCCAAGAAAGAAGCAAUGUCCCCACAAGAAGGAGCUGAAAACGAAGAGCCAGUCGUGUGCCUAGACAAGAAACCAGUUAUCAUCAUUUUUGACGAGCCCAUGGACAUCCGGUCUGCAUAUAAGAGACUUUCAACCAUAUUCGAGGAAUGCGACGAGGAACUAGAGAGGAUGAUGACAGAGGAAAAGAUAGAGGAGGAGGAAGAGGAGGAAAACGGAGACCCUGUACUCCAGAAUAACACUUCCCAAAAGUUGCAUAAGAAGGUUGCAUCCGGCAGCCCCGGAUCAGGGCAGCAGGCUGAUGGUAAAUUCCAGCCACACUGCCUUUCACCAGAGGCUGAACCCCCAGGACAGGAAACGAGUAAGAACGAGCUGAGCAGGUUCAGCCACGCAGAUUCUCCAAGUGCAGAAAGCAAGGGUGACGUGACGGAUGACCAGUUUGAAAGCCCCAAGAAAAAGUUCAAAUUCAAAUUCCCUAAAAAGCAACUGGCUGCUCUCACUCAGGCAAUUCGCACGGGAACCAAAACGGGGAAGAAGACGCUGCAGGUGGUGGUCUACGAGGAGGAGGAGGAGGACGGCACUUUGAAGCAGCACAAGGAAGCUAAACGAUUUGAAAUCACUAGGUCCCAACCUGAAGACGCCCCCAAGAGUAUGCUUAGGAGACCAGAGCCGCCCAGUGCAGAGAACGCAUCUGUGAUUUCCAGAACUGACGAAAUUAGAAAAAAUACCUACAGGACGCUGGACAGCCUGGAGCAGACCAUCAAACAGCUUGAAACCACAAUCAGUGAAAUGAGUCCAAGAGCCCUAGUGGACGCUUCAUGCUCUUCCAACAGAGAUUCUGUUGCAAGCUCAGCCCACAUAGCCCAAGAGGCCUCUCCCCGCUCCCUGCUAGUUCUGGAUGAAGCUCCCACUGCCCUAGAGCCCCCCUCGUCCGUACCUUCAGCCUCACGUAAGGGCGCCACCGGGACCCCACAGACGAGCAGGAUGCCGGUCCCCAUGAGUUCCAAGAACAGACCCGGAAGCCUGGACAAGCCUGGCAAGCAGUCCAAACUGCAGGACCCCCGCCAAUACCGUCAGGCUAAUGGAAGUGCUAAGAAAGCUGGUGGGGACUGUAAGCCUACUUUCCCCUCCUUACCUGCUUCUAAGAUUCCAGCCCUUUCUCCCAGCUCUGGGAAAAGCAGUUCUCUGCCCUCUUCUAGUGGUGACAGCUCUAACUUGCCUAUUCCACCUGCUACUAAACCACCGGUUACUUCUAACCCUCUCAGCCCCCAAACAGGACGAUCUGCUCCCUCUGCCUCCCUCAUCCCCUCUGUCUCUAAUGGCUCCUUAAAGUUUCAGAGCCCCACUCACACAGGUAAAGGCCACCAUCUCUCAUUCUCACUGCAGACUCAAAACGGCCGAGCAGCCCCUUCCCCCUCCUCCUCCUCCUCCUCCCCGCCCUCCCCCGCCUCCCCCACUUCACUGAAUCAAGGUGCCAAGAGCAUCAGGACCAUCCACACUCCCGGCCUCACCAGCUACAAGGCACAGAACGGAAGUUCAAGCAAAGCCACCCCAUCCACAGCCAAGGAAACCUCUUAA